UAUGCUUCUUAAGCAUUGUAGUCUCGGGAUUCUUCACCAUACUGUAUAGCAUGGAGUGGGGCAGGGACAAGUCCAACCAAUGGCUGACCACAUUCCUGCUCUCAUUUUUCCAGUCUGUUAUCGUUGUCCAGCCACUCAAGGUGCUUUUAUUGGUGGCUUUCCUAGCCUGUGUUUUGAAGAAACCAGAGCUGGAUGACGACGACGCGAAAGAGGACAUUAACCAAGUGUUGGCGGAGAAGGACAACAAUGAAAGGAAAAGAGACGUGGCCAGUCUAUCUCAGAUCAUGCUCCAGAGACAGUACGACAAGUCCGAGUUCCAAGCACCAGAUCCCGAACAACUGGCUAAAGCCCGAAACGACCGUCUGAUGGAAAUCAAGAUGGAAGCCGUUCUCAAAGACAUUGCUUUAUAUACUUUCUUUGUGGUGGUGAUUUUCUUCUUGUCGUACCAACAACGUGAUCCGCAGUCUUACUACCUGAGUAAUCACAUCAAGAACACAAUGCUAGAUAAGCAUGCUGACAUAAAGACUGUGAAUGAUUACUGGAAAUGGCUGGAUGAAACGCUCCUGCCAUCACUGUACGCAGUCAACUAUGCCAAUGAACAGGAGAUAGAAAACUGGCAGGACACAGCUUGUGCUUCUGACUUGGACAACCGUAGAGUUGGUGUGGCACGUCUCCGGCAAAUGAGAGUUAAAAAUGAUACAUGCACUAUCCUGCCCCAACUGACCACGGUCAUCCACCAUUGUCGGGGAGACUACAGCUGGACCAAUGAUGACACGAAACCCUAUUUGCCAUACUGGGUUGUGCCUCCCAAAAAUGUAACAGAGUCGCUCAAAGACAAGGACGAUCCUUUUGUCUAUCAGAGCUCAGUGAAACUCAAAAACGCUCCAUAUGUCGGUACCCUAGCAACAUACAAAGGAGGUGGAUAUGUCAUUCUUACCAAACGUCAGUUCUGUCGAACAAAAGCCGUUCUCGACAAGGCGAAAGAAAACAACUGGCUGGACCUCAACACUCGGGCUAUAUUUCUGGAGUACACGGUCUACAACCCAAACUCUAAUCUCUUUGCCUCGGUUACUGCCCUUACUGAGUUUUUGACAACAGGUUCUGCAACCUCUAGACUAGAUGUCAAGUGUGUGAAGAAGGUCAAAAACGAGAGAGCUGCUUACUUCCAAGACUUCUGGCGCCUCCUGGAGUUUGUUCUCGUGUGCUUCGCUGUUGCCUGUAUUGUCCUGUAUAUUCUCAAACACGUAAUCACAAAAGUGGCCAUGAGAGCCCUGAAGAAUAGGAAAUCAGAUGGCUUUGUUAACUUCAACACUGUAGCACUGUAUGAUGAGGUCUAUGGAUACCUUAUGGCUGCUGUUGUCUUUCUGGCAACCAUCCAGUUUCUCAAGCUGUUGCAGUUCAACAAGAAGAUGGGAAUGUUAGGAGCUACGGUCCAAGUGGCAGCCAUGGAUCUGAGGAACUUCUCUAUCAUAUUCUUUCUCUACUUCCUCGCCUUUACAUGCACAGCCUACCUGUUGUUUGGAAGCAGCCUACAAAGCUACCAGAAUUUCGUCACGUCUGCUGAGUCCAUGUUUGCCUUCGCUCUAGGCAGUUUUGAUUAUGGGGAACUGACCACAGCCCAGCCAUUGUGGGGACCAGUGUUUAUCUUCGG